UACAAACAAUUAACUUUCAUUUUAUAAAACCAAAGAAUAUGUUGUAUUAUAUAUUAGUCAUUUUAAAGCAAAUUCUUGUACAGUUAUGAAACAAAUUUACAUUAACUGAUAUGCAAACUACGUCACCUAACCAAUUCUUUAUCUUCUGUUAAGAACACUUAAGACUAUAUAUAUAGUGUGAAGCAUUAAACAUAUGACAAUAGUAACAAGUUAAACGCGGCAUUAAUUGUAAGAUACAUACGUUAUGUGUACCGAAAACUUACCGUAUUUUUUAUCUGGAUUGGUGGUCAAAGGUUUCGGCCGAGGUUCCAAAUCUUUAGGAAUACCAACAGCAAAUCUUGAAGAUAAAGUAGUUGAAGCUUUACCUGAUGAUUUUAAUACUGGAGUUUAUUAUGGAUGGGCUUCUAUAGACGGAAAUGUUUAUAAAAUGGUUGCAAGUAUUGGUUGGAACCCAUUCUAUAAAAACGAAAAGAAGACAAUAGAAGUACAUUUUCUUCACAAAUUUGAAAAUGAUUUUUAUGGAAAGCUAAUUAAAGUAACUUUCCUGGGUUAUAUACGACCCCAACAAGAUUAUACUUCCGUUGAGGAAUUAAUUAAAGCAAUAGAAAAUGAUAUUACAAUUACUGAACAACAAUUGGAGCAGCCACAAAAUAAGGCUUAUAAAAAUAACAAAUUUUUUACAGAAUAACAUAUUCGUAUUUGUUGAUAUUAAUGCAUAAAAACUUACUUUUAUAGAAUUGACGAUAUUUUCUUAUUUUAAACAUAGUUUAAAAUAAAUUUGUUAGACAGUAUGUGGCAGUAUUAAAAUAUGUAAACUUUAU